AUGAAGAUCAUACUAUGGCCGGCAACAAAACAACUGAAAGAAAUUCCUAUCCCUCAGCACUUUCAUGAAGGAUAUCUUGACAACAUGGAAUUUUGGGCAUAUGAUGAUGAAACUGCUACUGCUACCAUUAAGUGGAAGAAUAGUGAAACAGUACUGAGGCUUAUUAGUGCAAAAUAUCUUCUCAGAUUUAGAGAAAGAUACAUUCAUACCUUGGCUCGUCACCAAAUCAUAUGCAGAAGAGAAGUCAUGGAGGCUGCUGCCAAGGAAUUCACUAGAAUGGUCGCCACAAUCAUCAAUGGAAAGCCAUGGAUGGCAUCCAUGGGAAAAUCCGACCUGAAGUUGUACGAAAAUCCUGGAAAAUGA